CUUCAUUUGAGCUACUGCCACCACCUUUUCUCCGAGCAGCAAGCCGCGUUAACCUAGUUGUUCUCUUCUUCUCCAAACGACACUUACUACGAGCCAUGGCCGCCGCCGCAGAGAUUGACGCUGAGAUUCAGCAACAGCUUACCAACGAGGUCAAGCUCUUCAACCGUUGGAGCUUUGACGACGUUUCGGUCACAGACAUUAGUCUUGUUGACUACAUUGGUGUGCAGCCUGCUAAGCACGCAACCUUUGUCCCCCACACUGCUGGAAGAUACUCUGUGAAGAGGUUCAGGAAGGCUCAAUGCCCAAUCGUCGAGAGGCUCACAAACUCUCUCAUGAUGCACGGGAGGAACAACGGUAAGAAGCUGAUGGCUGUGAGGAUCAUCAAGCACGCCAUGGAGAUCAUCCAUCUCUUGACUGACUUGAACCCAAUUCAGGUCAUCAUUGAUGCCAUUGUCAACAGUGGUCCACGUGAAGAUGCUACCAGGAUUGGAUCUGCUGGUGUGGUUAGGAGGCAGGCUGUUGAUAUCUCUCCUCUGAGACGUGUGAACCAAGCCAUCUUCUUACUCACUACUGGCGCACGUGAAGCUGCCUUUAGAAACAUCAAGACAAUCGCUGAGUGCCUUGCUGAUGAGCUCAUCAAUGCUGCCAAGGGAUCUUCCAACAGCUAUGCUAUCAAGAAGAAGGAUGAGAUUGAGAGAGUUGCAAAGGCCAACCGUUAAGGAAGAUCGUCCUAUGCCUUGAGUUUGCACUACAUCUCAAAGACCUUAUUUUACUGUUUCUCAUUAGAGCUUUGGACGUGUUUCAGAAGAUGUCCGUAUCUUUUAAUGAAGUUUUUUGACACUUUGGCAUCUUGAUCAAAACCGUUUCAUGUUUAAGAAUAUUUUCAUCUUUAUAUUUCUAAUUUAAAAGUUGUUAUUUAAUCAAA